AUACAAGAAUGGAAACCCCCGCUAAAACCACCGGGAGUGUUCAGCCACAAGGCCUACUAUAGUCUAUACCUAUAGACAGUCCGGCAAGCCACAGCGCCACCGCCUCCCAUCCCAACCUGCAUCUAGAUACAGGCCUGACCUUACGAAGUAAACAUCGCCAUGAGUCUGUGAGAUGAGAUACUCUCUUCGACUACCAAAAUUGCACGACUGAGACUAAACGACCUAGUCGCUCAAAGAACUGUUACAUAGAGUUAGAUAUCCAUCUGUACAUACCUACCUGCACCGUACUCGCCGUCUGGCUGCAUCUAAUACCAUCUCAUCAAUCAUGUCCUUGCCCAAUAUAUGGCACCAUCGCAAGGUUGCCGAUACCUCUGCCAAAGCAUGCGAGAUAUGCUAUAAGCCAAGUACUAGUGUUCUCAUCACACCCGAUAAACAGGACUUCUUCUACGUGUGUCUCGUUCAUCUCAAGGACCGGGGUUUCUGCUCACCCAUCAUUGAUAAUGAAGCCAUCGCCGCCAAGAAAAAGAAAGAGAUGGACGAAGAGGUCGAGAGGCUGAAGAAAGAGUACGAAGAGAAGCAGCGUAAGAAGAAAGAGAAAGAGGCCGAGAAGGAAAAAGAUAAAGAUAAAGAUAAUGAGAAGGACAAGCAAGAAAGCAAGGAGAAUGAGAAGGAGAAGGAUGCCGAUAAAGGUGAGAAGAAGGAAGCCUCGACCGCAGAUGAUAAGGGCAAGUCGAAAGACAUGAGUCCACCGCAAGCCGAGGAGGAGCCUCGCAUAUUUGCUUUACAGAGGGUAUUCUAUCAACGAAGACUUGAUCGGAAACGCCAGGCUGAGAUGGCAAAAAGGAACAGGGAACGUUUGAGCAAUCCCAACUUCUUUCCCUCUGUUCCCAAGGAUUUGCCUUGAUUCUCGUAAAAGUCUCUUGGGUCUGCCUCUGGAUGAUUAUCAAUCUCAGCGAGACUCCUCCAUACCCUCAAAAAUUUGGUAGUUGUUCUUUACAACAGCGAUGCGUGCAUAUAGCCGUACGGCACGACACCAUAUAUUGCGCUCUGCUGUCAGACCUCGGUAUCCACGCCUGCUGAUAUCUUAUAUCUCGCUAUGAAUUGCUCUCAGUGUGGUGCCAAGCGCAGGCAGGGUCUGCACGAACUUGUUGUUUUGAGCAACGAAUUCACAUGUCUCCAAUAAGAUUUUCAACUAUAAGACAUGGGGACAACUUACAAGGAAGAUACGACUGCGACCAACGUAUGGGGAUAACGUUUCGCAUACCCUCCAUUUCACGUUGUCGUCUAUGAGGUUCCUUUCAAGACGCACGUUGUUUCUAUCGACUGCUUAUUUCUUAGCUGUA